GCCCCAUCCCCGCCCCGCUCCCGGGAGCGGGCGGCGGAGCCGAGCGGAGCCGCAUCGGGGACAGGGACACGGCGCUGUCACCUCCCUCCCUCCCUUUUGGCUGCCCCCAUCCCACCCUCCGCCGGGGGACGGGGUCGCUGCCGGGGGGAGCAUCGCUCGGCGGGGCAGGGGUCCCCCCUCCCUCGGGGCUUGGCGACCUGGAGGAGCUUCGCGGAGACAGCAGGGCACUCCCAGGACCUGAUGGAUUUCUGAUACCUCGCUCCUGAGGGUCUGGAAGGAGCAUGGUUAAACACCAACCGCUGCAGUACUACGAGCCGCAGCUAUGUCUGUCCUGUCUGACGGGGAUCUACGGCUGCCGCUGGAAACGGUACCAGCGGUCACAUGAUGACACCACCAAGUGGGAGCGCCUCUGGUUCCUCAUCCUCACCUCGUCCUUCUUCCUGACCCUCAUCUGGUUUUACUUCUGGUGGGAAGUUCACAAUGACUACAAUGAAAUCAACUGGUUUUUAUACAACCGAAUGGGAUAUUGGAGUGACUGGUCCAUUCCAAUACUUGUAACAACUGCUGCUGGCUUUACAUACAUUACAGUGUUAUUGAUACUAGCACUAUGUCACAUAGCUGUGGGACAGCAGAUGAACCUGCACUGGCUUCACAAGAUUGGCCUGAUGACGACCUUGAUAACUACCGUGGUGACCAUGUCAUCGAUAGCACAGCUUUGGGACGACGAAUGGGAGAUGGUAUUUAUUUCACUGCAAGCCACAGCCCCCUUUUUGCACAUAGGAGCACUUGUGGCGGUCACGGCCCUGUCGUGGUUGAUAGCAGGGCAGUUUGCUCGAACGGAGAAAGCCACUUCUCAGAUGCUGAUGUUCACCGCAUACCUCGCAGUUGUAGUUGCACUUUACCUCGUUCCCCUCACCAUCUCAUCCCCCUGCAUAAUGGAGAAGAAGGCUCUGGGACCAAAGCCAGCCAUUAUAGGUCACCGUGGAGCACCAAUGUUGGCACCAGAAAACACUCUGAUGUCUUUCCAGAAGGCAGUGGAACAGAAACUGUAUGGAGUCCAAGCUGAUGUUGUACUGAGCUACGAUGGAGUGCCGUUUCUGAUGCAUGACAAGACACUCAGGAGAACAACCAACGUGGAGGAAGUAUUUCCAGAGCGGGCCUAUGAGCACUCCUCCAUGUUCAACUGGACUGACCUGGAAAAGCUCAAUGCUGGAGAGUGGUUCCUACAGACUGACCCUUUCUGGACGGCCGGGUCUCUCUCAAGGUCCGACUACUUGGAAGCUGCCAACCAGUCAGUCUGCAAGCUGGCAGAUAUGCUGGAGGUGAUCAAGGACAACACAUCGCUCAUCCUGAACUUCCAGGACCUGCCACCAGCUCAUCCCUACUACAGCACGUACAUCAACAUCACCCUGGAAACCAUCUUGGCAUCGGGAAUUCGUCAACAGGCUGUGAUGUGGCUGCCGGACCCAGAGAGACAGCUGGUGAGACAGAUUGCGCCAGGUUUCCAGCAGACUUCUGGCCUCAAGCUGGACGCGGAACGCCUGAGGGAGAAGGGCAUCGUGAAGCUCAACCUGCGUUACACCAAGGUCACGAAUGAGGAUGUCAGGGACUACGCCAUGGCGAACCUGAGUGUGAAUCUCUACACUGUGAAUGAGCCCUGGCUUUACUCCAUCCUGUGGUGUGCCGGUGUCCAGUCGGUCACCUCCGACAGCUCCCACGUCCUUCGCAAGGUGCCUUUUCCCAUCUGGCUCAUGCCUCCAGACGAGUACCACCUAAUCUGGAUCACAUCUGAUCUCAUUUCAUUUAUCGUAAUUGUAGGAGUUUUUAUAUUCCAGAAGUGGCGUCUAGGAAGCAUCAGGACCUACAACCCAGAGCAGAUUAUGCUCAGUGCUGCUGUCCGCCGCUCCAGCCGGGAUGUCAAGAUCAUGAAGGAGAAGCUGAUCUUCUCAGAGAUCAACAACGGUGUGGAGACCACGGACGAGCUGUCCCUCUGCUCCGAGAACGGCUACGCCAACGAGAUGGUCACCCCCACGGAUCACCGGGACACCAAGCUGCGGAUGAACUGAUGGGCUCCAAACCCAACCCUGGCGUGUGGCCACCCCCGUGUUUGCUCCAGCAAUGAGAGCCGUGCUCUCUUGCUCGCUCUGGGAUGGGAACCUUUCAGGAACUGCUGGUUGGGCAGAGACCCCUUCCCAUACCCCAUCACUGGCUACUCCGCCUCCCUGGUUGUGAGGUUGGGGGCUGAUUUUUGUAAAUAUGUAGAAAAUUGGAAUUUUUUUGUCUUUUUUUUUUUUUUUUUUUUGAGUGUAACUUUUCCAGGGCAUGAGUGGAAAUACCGUGUUCAUUAAAUCCUCAACCUUAUGGCUGAAGUUAUUUGAAUCUUGAUGUGACGGCUUGAAUACCAUUGGGAUGUUUUGAGAAAAACAUGUUGGACGUGUCUCCCCUUUCUCCCCCUUGCCCUGCUCCACUCCUUCCCUUGGUGCAGCGGCUGUGUAGCUGAAUGUUGUGGUGUUCUUGUGAAGUGUUGGGUUUUUUUAAUACUUUUUUGUUUGUUUGUUUCCUUCGCUUUCUUGGACAAGGAAGUUUUUAGCUCUAAUGUAAGAAGAGACUGUUGGGAGGAGAGAAGCUUUCCUAGGAGAGGAGAUAGCACCACUCUUCCCAGAUGAAAUUCAGAAGCAGGGAAUGGGCUGUACUCAUUCAGUCACUUGGGCACCUUCUCCGUGUCCCAUCCUCAUAGACUCAUAGAAUGUCCUUGGUUGGAAGGGACCCACAAGGAUCAUCGAGUCCAACUCCCAUCCCUGCACAGAACACCCCACAGUUCACACCAUGUGUCUGAGGGCAUUGUCCAGUCUCUUCUUGAACACUGUCAGGCUUGGGGCUGUGACACCUCCCUGGGGAGCCUGUUCCAGUGUCCAGCACCCUCUGGGUGAAGAACCUUUUCCUAAUGUCCAACGUAAACCUCCCCUGGCACAUCUUCCUGCCAUUCCCUUGGGUUCUGUCAUCGGUCACCAGAGAGAAGAGACUGGUUCCUACCCUUCCUCCUCCCCUUGUAAGGAAGCUGUAGACCUGUAGUAGCUGUAGACAGCUACUCUGUCCUGUCCUCUUUCCCCAAAGCCUGGGUGCUUGCAGGGGAAUGGCCUUCUUGAAAUGUCCUGCUGCGGUCUUGAAGGCAAAUCCUGAGUGUUGUCUCUAGAUUGGCCUCUGCUGGCAGCAAUGCUUUGAUAUUUUAUUCCCCCACCCCCUUUUUCUUUCUUUGUGUAAUCUCACUGAGUUGGCCUCUGUUGGCUUGCAAAAAAAGCAAUGCCAUGAGCACCAUCACCACUCAGAUCUGGCUAAAGUGCCUGCCACUCCACGUGGCAUUUGCAGUUGCUCCUUUGCUUCCCCAUCCUUGCACUCAUGUGGGAAAAACAGGAGGUGAGUGAAGGAUGCGCUUCCCCAACUAAGAUGCUCGUGAGUGAAAGAGUUGUAAAUAGUUUAGAAGGUGAAGUAGUCCCAGAGUGCAAUUUAUUCCUGCAGGUAGACCUUUCCUCCUUGCUUUAACAGCAGAACCUUUAAAAGCUGUUUGUUUACAUCCUCCAAAGGAGUGACAGUCUUGCAGCUGACAGGUUCAUGAAGGCAAGAGCUCUCAUCAGCACGUUUCCCAUGCAAAAGGCUUUAAACCAAAAUCCUAGACCAGAGGUUUAAAGAAAAACAAACAAAAAAACCCAACCAAAGAAUAAAAACCCCAACUCAUAAAAUGCAACUGUCAUCUACUUGGUUUAUUUGCUCCCCAAAACAGCUCACAGCCAGCCCCAGGGUGCUCUCAGGUCUCUGCUCUUGACCUUCAAGGCCUUGUGGAGAGGAGAUGGUUUUUGGGUCACUUUGCUGUUCACACGGAGCCGGUUCCCAAGGCAGCCGAAGCCAGCCGGAAGGCUGCCGGAGCUUGUGAAUGGGUCUUGGCUCUGUCCCCAUGGCCUUCUGGUGUUGGGUUGCUCCCUUUCUUUCCGGAUCUUGGUCAACACAACGCGCAACAUCAGAAAUCCCAUUGAGCACCAGCUUUCUUUGAAGUGUGCGCUGCAUUGAAAUUGAUGAGACCAUCAAAGUUAUUUCCUGUGGAGGGAACGGGAGCUGAGGCUGAGUCUUCGGGUGCUGGACAAACUGGGCUGCCGAGCCUGUGAGUGGCUGGGGAAAGUCACCGUGCAGAGAAGGUGAUCUGGGGGAUGCUGAUGUGCAUCAUGUUCAACGCACAAAGCAGGCUUGGAAAGGCCAAAACCAAGCAAUGAUUAAAAAACAGCCUUGAGCAGUUUGUUCUUGUUUUGGCAGCAUUGAACCACUCUCUAUAUAUUUUUUUUUAAGCUGUACUCCAGUAACAUUUUGAAACCCCAAAGUCUUGGGCUUAGUGUGUAAGAAUUGGGGGCAGAACUGGCCAACUUAGGUAACAGAAAAAUACCCUAUUCAUAACAAAAAUGUGAAUUGUGAUACUUAAAGUACCUUCUAAGCAGUGCAAAUCAAGACUUUAGUUUGUUUGCAUCUAGCCUGAAUUUUUAUGAAUAUAAGUGGAAUAAGACCCUGGUCCAUGCUCCCUCUUACCUUCUCCAAACACUGUCCUUCUAUAUGGUACACUCUCAAGCCUGUGAAACACAGUGUGGGGUGUUUUUCUGCAGAAUUGCAAGAUUUUGGUGGAUUUGAAGGCUUUUGAGAACAAAGUUGCUUCUCCCUUUAGUGUGGUGCUGUAUUGAAACAUUCCCGGUGAAUUGUCAUUGCCAAGUGAGAGAUGUUGUUUGAAGUUCAGCAUCUGUUGAUAGUCACAUGCAUGUUCUAUUUUUAUCCUUGGAGAUGACUUUAUUGAGAAGUCAAGUGCUUAAAAGCUUGGAAGUGUUAAAAGCAAUCCAACAAGGAGUUGUUUUCACAAUUCACUUUUUCUUUCUUUUUUUUUUUUUUUUUUUUUUUAUGAUGAGACCCAAACUUUAUGCGUAAUGCACUGACUGUUACCAUUAUGGUCCUGAAUAUUUGCUACAUUUUUUUUUUUAAAGGAUGAUACUUUUUUGAUUAAAAUAGAUCUAGACCAAAAUAAACUUUGCGAUGCUCUGUGAAAUAAACUGUCAGUAUUCCCCUGUCA